AGAUGGCGGGCUUACUUUUGGUCGUCUCAAGUAGCUGGUUUGUCGUAGUUUCUAUUUUCACACUUUCAGGGUAACAUAUCGAUAAUGAAGUUGUUGAAGAUUAAUUCAUAUAGAAACAAAUAAAGUUAUGUGACGAUACUAUAAUUUAUGGACGAACCAGUGAAAUUAAGUAUAUCAAAUCUUAGACUUGAACUCGAAAUUUAUUCAGCUGUAUAGUUACGUAACAUUUUGGAAUGUUAGCUGAUAUCAGUUCUUCAUUAAAGCCUUCACUGUGAUUCAUAUCUUCGAAUUCUAAUUUUCUUCGUCUUUGACUACUUUUAAAUUUCAUUAUGCCUGUGGAACAUCUUUCAUUUCAAAGCAAAAAUGUUUCAGUAUUAUUCUAGUAGUGCUAUGCAGAUAUCGUAUCGCUAUGUCAUUCUUAGCAACUGGAUCGCUUAUAGCUUUUGGUCUGUUUUUUAUAUUUAAAGGCUUGCGCAGGCACUUUCGUUUCGAAAUCGAUAAAAGCUCAGGACACAAUGGAGGCGAACUGGUUGCAGAUGUCCUAAAGGCGCAUAAUGUACCGUUUAUUUUUACUCUUACUGGAGGCCACAUAUCACCAAUAUUGGUUGCUUCAGAAAAAGAAAAUAUACGUGUGAUAGAUGUAAGAAAUGAAGCAUCUGCUGUUUUUGCUGCUGAUGCUGUUUCAAGACUUUCUGGUUCCGUUGGUGUGGCUGUCGUCACAGCAGGUCCUGGUCUUACUAAUACAGUGACAGCAGUAAAGAAUGCUCAGAUGGCUGAAUCUCCUGUAGUCCUUCUAGCUGGAGCUGCUUCUGGACUUUUACGUGGUCGUGGAUCACUUCAAGAUAUUGACCAGCUUGCUGUAUUUCGCCCAAUUUGUAAAUGGUGCAGACGUAUAAACUACGUCAGAGAGAUUAUCCCUGUUCUUUGUGAAGCAUUUUAUAUUGCACAAUCGGAUACACCCGGACCAGUUUUAGUUGAGUUUCCGAUCGACCUGUUAUAUCCCUACAAACUGGUUGAACAGCAUACUAAGUUGUCUGACAAAACAAAUUCUUUAAGGCAGAAAAUUGUAAAUUGGUAUCUACGUUUCUAUCUUUACAAUUUAUUCGCCAAUGGUUUCUCAUCGAAAUCACAUCCAUCUAAAACAAACGGUUCAGAUGGAAUUGUUGUCAAAUCACCGAAAAUUCCUCUUCCAUCUAAAAGACAAGUGAAGAAAUUAGCUCAGCUGAUAAGACUUUCUGAAAAACCAAUCCUACUUAUCAGUAGUCAAGCUGUUUUACCUCCAAUUUCAGCUAAAGAGACAGCCGUUCACGUUCAAACCUUGGGGAUACCUACUUACAUGUCAGGUAUGGCUCGUGGUCUUCUUGGUCGAAACCACCAACUUGGAUUUCGUCAUGCCCGUCGUACUGCACUUCGUGAAGCUGAUCUAAUUAUUCUCGCAGGUGCCAUUUGUGAUUUUCGUUUAGAUUAUGGUCGUGUGUUAAAUCGAAAAGCGAAAAUUAUUGUAAUUAAUCGAAAUAAGAAAAAUUUAUAUCUUAAUGCUGACUAUUUUUGGAGACCAUAUCUAACAAUUCAAGCUGAUGUUGGGACAACCCUAAAAGAUUUAUCACUUCAACUACAAAAUGGUACUAAUGAAUUAAAUUGUUCCAUCGAAUGGUUAAAUAUUUUAAAAUCACGUGAAAUGAAACAUGAUGAAGAGAUUAAACUAAGCUGUCAAGUAGAAGGUGUUGGACAUAACAAUCCACUUUCCGUUCUUUGGAAGUUGGAACAUUAUGGUCUACCAACUGAUUCGUCUGAAGAUAGUAUUAUAAUUGCUGAUGGUGGAGAUUUUGUAGGAUCAGCAUCAUAUAUUGUACGUCCAAGACAACCGUUAUCUUGGUUAGAUCCAGGACCGUUUGGAACGUUAGGUGUUGGUGGAGGAUUUGCAUUAGGUGCUAAACUAUGCCGCCCAAAUGUAAGUCUCUACGAAUCAUUUAAUAGAGAGUACAUAUGGAUAAAACGAAUAAUUUUGGUUUAAACAUAUGACAGCUGCAUUUCUCCUAUACUCCAAACACAUUUUUAGAGUUUUACUGAGUUAUAAGAUUAUUUCUUUCAGCUAUAAAACAAAACAGAUUUUUUUCUUUUUAUUCUUACUGAUUUUGUUCCUCUUACAACAGGUCAGUUCAGCAUAUUAUAAGAAUUUUAACUAACGAACUAAAAAGAUCAUCCUUAAAAUGAAUGUAUAUAUUUCCACUUGAAGAACUAUUUAUAAAAAUUUAUAGUAAUUGCAGAUAUUCCGUACAACUUUCAACAAUAAAUUCCUGUCUUCUUAUUGAUAAUGUUGUUUUUUUAUUCUAGUAUUUCAGUCAUAAGGUACUACGACUUGAAAUUUAUGACGUUUAAUUAUCAACUACAUGAGUUGUUGCGUGUAAGAAGUUGAUCAUUAUAAUUAUAAACAUUUGAAGAUACUUCAGAUACGACAGAAUCGAGAAAUUCCGGUAAUCAUAUACCUCGAUAACGAUAUCCUGAACACAAACAAAGAAGAUGAUAAUGGUCGUAAGCAAAAAUCUGCUUUAACGUAAACAGUGAUGUAUGAACUUGAGAUGUCUAAGCUUAUUAUAUACCAGAAGGGAAAUUGUGUUAAUUAUGGCUAACUGAUUAACCGUGCUAGGGUAUAGCAACGGUUCUUGAUGAAAUAUCUACAACUAAUAAUGUCUGUUAUCAUAGUAUCCUUCAAUAAAAUCAGAACCAAAAAGGGCUUGUCGAUGGAUCUAAAAAUAGGCAUUGAUGAAGGCAAAUCGCUUAAGACAUUAAAAUGUCUCUUCAAUAAGAUAAUAAAAUUAACUCUUCUAAUAUAUUAACUGAGUAAAUAUAACCCUCAAGAAUUAGCUUCAAAAUUGUUAUUUGAUGAUGUCGUAUAGAUGUAAACAUAAUUUUCAUUUUUCACUUUAUAUAAUAGUUUUAUGCAGCUAACUGUACAAGCCCAAAUUAUGUAGUAUUCCGCGUUAAUAGUCUAGUGUCUAUCUGUUUCUACAGUGUACAAUUAGUUUGGUGCUUAUUUCUACCUCCUUGUAUUUUUUUUCCAUAUUGCUCCUGAAUUCUUGAAAAACCGCUUUAUUUUUAGUUAAUCGUGACUGUUCUUUUUUAGAGCAUCAAUGAAUUUCCAUGUACUCAGAUAAGCGGCACUAACAAAUGAGUUGAGUAAAGCAUCCCUCCCACCUCCCCAUCACAUAGAUCUUCUCAAGUAAAUCUACAACAAAAUCUACCACAGCAAACUUUAGAAAAUCCGAAGAGCCAAAACGAAAUAUAAUUUUAUAUAUCCCUGUUUCAUAACCUAAGGACUCACCAAUCACUUUAUAAUCGUGCCCCUCUUAAUUUUUCCAUGUCUAUGUUCCAAUAACAACUUAAUAGUGCAUAAUUCUAUUUUUAAGAGUUGUUCAUUAUCAAAGACUCAAUUUUUGUUUACUUUUUUCCCAUAUAGGCUACUGUCUGGGUUAUUUAUGGUGAUGGUUCAGCAGGAUAUAGUUUAGUUGAAUGGGAUUCUUUAUCACGUCAUCAUGCUCCUGCUAUUGCUGUAAUUGGUAAUGACGCUUGUUGGUCACAGAUUGCACGUGACCAAGUCACGUUUUUUCAAUCCAAAGUUGGAUGCCAGUUAAACUACACACCGUAUGAAGUAGUUGGAUCAGCUUACUGUAGAAGUGUUGCUCCUGUAUCGGGAAAUCUAAUAACUAAUAAUAGCAAUCCGGUUAAUGGUUUUUUAGUUGACAAACCCCAGUUGGAACAAAUAGUUCAUAUAUUUGAUGAGGUUAAGCGACUUUCAAGUAAAGGGAUACCAUCUGUUGUAAAUUGUCUUAUCGCUGCAAGUAGCUUUCGAGAAGGUAGUUUAUCUGUUUAACACACUGUACCUAUUAUUUGUUUUUUGUAUAUGAAUUUUACGCUCAUUUUUGACCAUGUAAAUUUCGCCUUACCAUUAUGUCUAUUUGUUAAUAAACAUAUAUCUUUACU